UAUGACUUAGAGGAAAGUGAUGAACAAGAUAAAGAUGAAACUCAAGAUAUGAACACAAAGAAAAUUCCUGUCAGAAAAACGACACCAAAGAAAAGACCAAGGUGUGACAUUGGUGACUCUUCUACAUCAACUAAUCCUACUGGGCAGUCUGAUUAUCUAGAGAAAUUGAUUGCCAACAGUUCAUCGAUUGCUUCUUCUAUUGAUUCAAUGCAUGCUCUUAUUGCGAAAGAUAAAGAAGACCGCAAAAUUGAAAAAGAAAUGCGCAGAAUUGAUAAGGAUAAGAAAGAUAACCAAGUAUGGGAUCUUGUUUAUGGCAUGAAUGAAAUUUCUUUGGAAGAUAAGCUGAAAGUAAUUGAAAUGCUGGACAACAAUCACAAGAAGAACUUAUUCAUACGUUUUACUCCUGAAGAGAGAAAGUUGUGGAUUGGUUCAAAGUUAAAAGCAUAAACCUGUCAUCUUUGCAAGUUUCUAUUAGGUUUAAUGGGCUUUUAGAGUUACAACAUUUGAUCGUUUUUCUUCAUAACUAUUAGUAUUUAAUUUUUCUUUUCUCCUAGUUGAGAACUUAUUGUUAUGGAUU